AUCCCCUUGAAGAAACAGCAAAAAAGGAGAGACGUAGAUUAGAAAACCUGCUCAAGAGCAAAGGAGUGCAGUAUGGUUCUUAUCCUCGUUUUACUGUUGCUGUAAAGGGUCAAAAGGUCACUAUCAAGUUCCAAGUUCCUCCAACCUGUGAAAUUCCGCUACUAAUUGCAAAUCUUGUUUCACGACUUGGGGUAAAACUUGAAGAUCCUAGUGCAGCAUCAAAUAUGAUGUUACGGGCAUGGGACAGUGGGGUUGCCUGGCAACUGGCACUUAGCCGUCCUCAGAAGAAAAAUGAAACUGCAGCGNACUGCAGCAGAGCAGGCAGGAGGAAAGGAUACAAAUCCUUAUGAGGGAGAAUUAUGCAUUCUCAUGUUUCGUCCACUCAUUAGCGCCGACAAAGCUGAAAUUGAGUUUAUGAAGCCUGGGAGCUUUACUGAUGAGGAACUUGACGCUUUGGUAUCUGUGCUACAACUAGCAGGACAACAAAAAACAGUGGACUUGGGAGCAAGAGGGGAUGCUGAUCGAGUUCCUUCUGUAGAUAAAACAGUUGCUACUCUAGAGUCUAUGGGAGUAAAAAUCUUUGGUAUUAAUGCGUCCAAUAGUGGUAAUCCAAAAGCUGAUAUUACCUGGGAUAAUAUUGCUGGAUAUAGUUUGCAGAAACGGGAAAUUGAAGAUACAAUAUUGCUAGCUUUGCAAAGUCCUGAAGUAUAUGAUGAUAUUGCUCGUGGGACCCGGCGCAAAUUUGAGACGAACAGGCCCCGAGCAGUCUUAUUUGAAGGUCCACCAGGUACUGGAAAGACAUCCUGUGCACGUGUUAUAGCUAAUCAAGCGGGUGUGCCAUUGUUAUAUGUGCCGUUGGAAAUUAUUAUGUCAAAGUAUUAUGGUGAAAGUGAACGCCUGUUAGGGAAGGUGUUCUCACUUGCCAAUGAUCUCCCAAAUGGUGCUAUAGUGUUCCUUGAUGAGGUUGAUUCUUUUGCCACUGCUCGUGAUGGCGAAACACAUGAAGCAACACGCAGACUUUUGUCAGUGCUAUUACGGCAGAUUGAUGGAUUCGAGCAGGAGAAGAAAGUAGUGGUAGUGGCUGCUACUAAUAGAAAGCAAGACCUUGAUCCUGCUUUAAUUAGCCGAUUUGAUUCCAUGAUUAGAUUUCCGCUACCUGAUCAACAGACUCGUCAGGAAAUAGCCGCACAGUAUGCAAAGCAUUUGACAGACUCUGAAUUAUCUGAAUUUGCAAGAGCCACGGAAGGAUUGUCUGGGCGGGACAUGAGGGAUGUCUGUCAGCAAGCAGAGAGACAUUGGGCAUCAAAGAUCAUUCGUGGUCAAGCUCCUAAAGAUGAAGGUACUGGCGGUUCUCUUCCCCCUCUCCAAGACUACAUUGAUAGUGCUAGGAACCGGCAAAGAGCUCUGCUUGAUAUUGAAAUUCAGAACCGAAGCAUGAAUCCUGCUGCAAAGAAGCCUCAGUUUGAUUUUGUAUAAUAUAUCUUCAGAUUCUCAUCUCGGGAAGUCAGAACUGGCUGCGGAAAACAUUCACAAAAGUUGGCUCUGUGGCGCGAAGACCAUGCUAAGAUGGGUGUAAGUAAUACAAAAUAUAGUCAAACCUCCCUAUAACAGCCUCGUUUGAUCCGAAUUUUUUUUUCCUGCUAUAGUGAAGUGUUGUUAUAGAGAACAUAUAUUAUAACAUAACAUAAAAGAUUGGUUCCAAAAAAAACUUUGCCAUUACAGUGAAGUGUUGUUAUAAAAAGUGGGAAUCAAUGCCCUUAACUUAAUGUUGAUUCUCAUAUCAUAUCAUGCAGCCAAAUCCCAAGAAUAGUUUUGAUCCAAAAGUCCGUUGCUAGAAGUACACAUAGCGUGUAAGGAUAUAUCGAUACUUAAUUAACAAUCCUUAUGAUUCAGUCUUUUCAUGGAAAUUACUGGAAACGUAUAUAUGGGUGUUGAGAACGACAAAAUUGUGUUCUUGUUAUUAGAACGUGUAAAUAGGGAUUCUUUUGCAUGUGGAAGCCUGUUUUGCGCUAUCCUCUUAUUGGGGUCCUUGUUUUGCUCAUCAACCUCUUAUUAGGUGUCCUCAUUUGCUGCUUUUUUAGUAUUUAUGUUUGCUCUUUUUCUUAUUUCCUUUUCACGGGAAGUAUCUUACAUU